UGACCUCCGGCCCUUCCCCCGCCGGAACCGGGGAUCGGGGCGGGCGCAGCCAUGCACGGCCCGGAGCUGGCCUGCUGUGCGCUGCUGCUCCUCCUGGGGCUCUGCCGGGCGCGCUCCCGCAACGUGCUGCUGAUUCUCGCUGACGAUGGAGGCUUUGAGAGUGGCACAUACAACAACAGUGCCAUCGCCACCCCCCACUUGGAUGCCCUGGCCCGCCGCAGCCUCGUCUUCAGAAACGCCUUCACCUCGGUCAGCAGCUGCUCUCCCAGCCGUGCCAGUCUCCUCACCGGCCUGCCUCAGCAUCAGAAUGGCAUGUACGGGCUACACCAGGGUGUGCAUCACUUCAGCUCCUUCGACAAGGUGCAGAGCCUGCCUCUGCUGCUCAGCCAGGCUGGCGUGCGCACAGGCAUCAUUGGGAAGAAGCAUGUGGGACCGGAGACGGUGUACCCCUUUGACUUUGCAUACACAGAGGAGAACAGCUCUGUGCUGCAGGUGGGGCGGAACAUCACUAGAAUUAAGCAGCUAGUCCAGAAAUUUCUGCAGACUCAGGAUGACAGACCUUUUUUCCUGUAUGUGGCCUUCCAUGACCCCCACCGCUGUGGGCACUCCCAGCCCCAGUAUGGAACCUUCUGUGAGAAGUUUGGCAAUGGGGAACGAGGCAUGGGGCGCAUUCCAGACUGGACGCCACAGAUCUACAACCCUCAGGAUGUGAUGGUACCUUACUUUGUCCCAGAUACACCAGCAGCCCGAGCUGACCUGGCUGCUCAGUACACCACCAUUGGCCGGAUGGACCAAGGUAUAGGACUGGUGCUCCAGGAGCUGCAUGGAGCCGGUGUCCUGAACGAUACCCUCGUCAUCUUCACAUCUGACAAUGGGAUCCCCUUCCCCAGCGGCAGGACCAACCUCUACUGGCCUGGUACCGCUGAACCCUUGCUGGUGUCAUCCCCAGAGCACCAACAACGUUGGGGCCAGGUCAGCGAGGCCUAUGUGAGCCUCCUAGACCUCACACCCACCAUCUUGGACUGGUUCUCCAUUCCCUACCCCAGCUACUCCAUCUUUGGGUCAAAAUCCAUCCAGCUCACAGGCCGGUCCCUUUUGCCAGUGCUGGAGACAGAGCCCCGUUGGACCACUGUCUUUGGCAGUCAGAGCCACCACGAGGUUACCAUGUCCUACCCUAUGCGCUGUGUGCACCACAGGAACUUCCGCCUCAUACACAACCUCAGCUUCAAGAUGCCCUUCCCCAUCGACCAAGAUUUCUUCGUCUCCCCGACCUUCCAGGACCUCCUAAACCGCACCACGGCAGGCCAGCCCACAGGCUGGUACAAGGACCUCCACCGUUACUACUACCGGGAGCGCUGGGAACUCUAUGACAUCAGCCGGGACCCCCAAGAGACACACAACCUGGCCGCAGACCCGCGCUUUGCUCAGGUACUGGAGAUGCUGAAAGCCCAGCUGGUCAAGUGGCAGUGGGAGACGCAUGACCCCUGGGUGUGCGCCCCUGAUGGUGUCCUGGAAGAGAAACUCACACCGCAGUGCCGUCCUCUCCACAAUGAGCUCUGACAGUCCCUGGGGCACUCGCCUCUGCCCGGACUUGGAGGGGAGGGACCAACAGAGGCAGUACCAGCAGCCCCACCCUCCAGGCACCCAUCUGAGGGGUCUCUUCUAUGACGUGGACUGUCACUCCUGCCUCCUGGAGGGGGCACCCAAGCAUGCCUUCCCUGUGGCGCCACCAUACCUGGGCCAUUGCUGUCCUCUUACCUGAGCCACAUCCUGGCACAGGAGUUUAGGGGUGCUCCGGGGCAGGGCAGAAUCACAAGUCUGUGUUUUGGAGUAAAUUUGGAGACCCGAAGAUGUAGGGGAAAGAACUGGGGACUUGAGGCCCUCUGGAGUCUGAAUAUUUUCAAGCUCUUCACCUAAAAAGAGCCCAGGGCUUCUGUGUGCCAUGUGGGCACCGGGCAGACCACACUGCCAGCUUUUACCAACCUUGGCCUAGAGGAAGCCUUUGGGAGGUCUUGGAUUUGCUUUUGCUGCCUUCAUUCUACCCCCAAGCCAAGUACGUGCUAGGGCAGGCUUCCCACUGGCUCUCGGUGGUGAUGAGUUUAAUCUGGUCCUUAGCACAGCAGGUCCUUUCUGAGAAUGACUGAGGACAGGGUCUGAUAGUGCCUGGUUUGAGUCACCUCUCCUUGAGCGACAGCAAGCAUUUGGCCUCACCCCAGCCCUAUGUCCACCUUCCACAAAUUAGAAGUGCAGCCUGGGAAACCGAGAGAGAGAGGGUCUAUCCCUUCCUCUCCCCUGUGAACUCCAUACUUGGGGGCAGGAGGGAACCAUGGACCCUAUCGUUGUAAAAGCUUUUUAUUUUAGUACAAUACACAGAGCUUCAUAAGAGCAUACUGAA